AUGUCAUUAGCAGGGUCUCGCAGGAAAAGAACUGUUAUAGGCGGUGAUUUCCUGUCUCCGUCAGCAACAUCACAGGAUCCCAAUAAAAGUACUACUGCUAAUACUCAGCAAAGCAUGAGCUCGUCAAGCAGGAGGCGUCCUGUGCCUGCUGUUCCUGGUGUCAACUCACGCCCACUUUCGAGCCUUCUUGACCAACUUGCAGAUUUUAAUCUGGAUGAAGAGCAAGACACUGGCUCAUCACAAAAACAAAAACAGCAGCAAUCUUCCUCGUUUCGUUCUCCACCUUCUCCUACUGCUCCUCGUCCAGAAGGUCCGUUGACUGCUUUUCUACCUGGUCGUCGUUAUGAUCGGUCUGCUGCACCAAGUCCUCCUUCAUCAGCAAAUGGCCGAUACGAACGGAGUAACACUGACAGUCGUAGAGCACCCGACUCUUUUCAGCGAUCAGCAUCUGAACGAGUACCCUUGAGCAGUACCAGAGUUGGUGGAAUGUCGAUUCGUGAACGGUCACCAGGCGCAAGUCGCAGCGACCGAGGUGGCAGCAGACCCACUGCACCAAGCUCUAAUCCCAAACGAGCUCCAAUUGCUGUCUCUACAAAAAAUAAUGAUAGAAAGCCGAAUAAUACAAACGAAGAUGACGAUAAUUGGCUUUUGGGCGAUGCGGCAGGUGCUGGUGCACUUGCUGAUUUAUUGAGCAAAAGUCGAAGCAAGGCAAAAGAUGGCGCGUCUGCAAGUGGCCGGUCUGUAGCUUCUGAACGAUCUGGUCGUAGCGCUUAUACUUCUAGAUCAAAUGGAUUACGAUCAGCAGCAACAGCUUUAGCGAGCCAGACUAAUAUCAGUGCCCGUGAAUUUUCUACACGAAAAGAAUCUCCUCUACAGGAAUCCCUUGAUACAAAUGUAUCUAUUCCAGGAAAUAAAGAUGGUAUACGACGACCAGCAGUGGAUACAUCACCUAUUUCAUCAUCACCACACAAUCUUACAGCCAUCAUUCCUGAGAGUCAGCUUUCUACUCAACAAACACUUGCUAACCCUCCAGACAGUCCAUUGUCUUUGCCCAACGGCUCUAUGCCAUUUUUUAAAUACAAUGAUGUGUCGGCAACUGGGCAAUCAGGAUUUCGCACUCCACUAAUGCAAAUGAUUGCGUCUACACGUCUUUCGUCUCCUUUUCUGAAUCGACAGACGCAUUCAGGAUCUGGUGAUAUAGGCUUAUUUCGACGCAAUAGUCAAAAGACCACUUCCAGCAGUGCUUCAGCCACCAUAGAUCUAUUUGAUCCCAAAGUUAUUCAACAGUUGGUAAAUACUGCAUUGGCAGAUUGUGACGGAUUUCAGAUGAUGCAGCUUGACAAACUCGAAGAUAAGCGACGUCAAAUCAUCUCCUACACUUCUCAAGUAGGGUCGCUUCAAAACAAGAUUGCGUUAGAAUCACGCAUUCGCGAGGCUGCAGAAUCAUUCAUGCGAAGCGGGGUGACCGACCCCAAUCAAAUCAACACUGCUCGACAACAGCUUAUUGACACCACGAGAAAAAUGGAGGAUAUUGCUGCAGAUACAUGGAAGACUGUAUUCAAUCUUGUCGAGACUGAGCGCAUUGUCUUUAUGCAUAUUUCUGCAGUGUUGCGGUGGCAGAUGCUAGAACAGCAGCAAGCUACCAAUGCCUAUCCUGAUGGAAGUGCAAAGCGUGCUGCCGAAGAGCUAGUUGCCAGAAAAAAACUUGCAUCAGCUGAAAGCCGUGUUCGUGAAAUGGAACAACAUGUAGAUGUUUUGAAACUCACAGUAUCGAGAUUAGAAAGUGAGCAAGAGCCGUUGCGUCGUGUAGCCGCCGAUGCACAGCGAAGUCUAAGACACGCCAGAGAAGAGCGGUCUAUUUUGGAGGCAUCUAUGCAGUUCAAGGACGAUCAGCCCUCACAAUUUGAACUUAAUCGUCUUAAACUUGAUUUGGCUACAUGCAGAGCUGAUCUUACAGAUGCAAAGGAGGAACUUUCUUCCAAAAAGGAUCUGCUUGCUAAUCUACAGCUUCAGCUUGAAGAUGACCAGUCCUUGAUUGAAUCCAAGGAUCGCAUGAUUUCUAAUCUUUUGGGAGAACUAGAGGAAGCCAAUACUCAAUUAGAAAUGGUUCAUGCUGGUGGUAAUGUGUCUAACGAUCACCGCCGUACGAGUGUGCUUUUGCGCGCUAAAGACAGUUCGGCAUCAAACAACGGCAUGAAUCGUGCGUUAGGCGAACAGCUCAAGCAAGCUGUUUUAGAACAGGAGAAGCUUAAACUACAACAGGUGCAGGAUCGAGAGCAUAUAGCUGAGCUACAAACCAAGCUACGCACUGCUCGAUCUACAUCAUCCAGACGUACUCGACGAGGAAAUGGGUCUUCAACUGCUGGUCCCGUGUCUGAAUCAGAAACUGAUACUGAAGAGGGUCUUAAUAGUCGAUAUGGUCGUCCACGCGGGAUAAUACAGUCUUCUAAAUCUGCGCGAUCACCCAUGUUUAGUGAGUCUGAGUUUAAAGACGUUCAACGCAAGAAUGAUGAGCAAGCUGAUCUGAUUCAACAGCUUAAAAGUCGUGGAAAUGGAUUUACUGAAAUGGACGAAAAGCUACUUUGUGAGAUCAAUAGCGAGCUUGAGGUGUGGGUUGGUGCAACUUCGCCUCGAUCAAUACCAACACUUAGCCGCAACAAAGAUGCGUUUAGUCCAACAGGAAGAACUGCUACAGGCUUACCGAGCAUGACAAUUAUGAUAACCCGCUUUAGAAGUCUCCUUGAUCAUGAUAAAUACUCCACACAGCGCAUACAGGAGUUGAUGGCGCAAAAGAAAUCGAUGGAGCAGAGUUUGGAAGCCGUGCAGGGUAAUCUACACACAACCAAUAUGGAUUCAGAUUCAAAGUUUUCUGACUUGCGACGGGAGUACGGUACUCUUCAAGACCAGCUCGCAACACUCACCACCCGUUUGCAUGAUUCAGAGCGUACAGCUACUGAGCUCCAAGGUUUCAAACUCAAAAUGGAAGAAACUAGUCGGAAAUUGGAAGUUGCUGAACUUGAGCUGGAACGUGUGUCUACAGAAUUGAAAAACAAGAUUGCUUCUGCUGAUCGAGAGUUGUUGGACAUGUCAGCUCGACAACAGGAUAAAUGGGACAGCGAUAUGAAGCGCAUCAAAGACAAUCAUCAGCUCGAGUUGAAUGAAGUGCAGAGUUAUGCACUUGAAGAAACAAAACAAGUCACCAAGCGGCUUGAGCGUGAAAUAGAACAAAUUAAAGCCUCUACUGAUCAACGAAUUCAAGAAGCUAUUGAGAUUGAGUUGUCCAGUGUAACGAGAAAGCACCAGUAUGAAUUGGAGGACUUGAAUCGACAGCAUGCAUUGGUGAAAACCACACUUGAAGCCAAAACCAUUGAAGAUAAUUUGGAGAUUAGAAGGCGACUAGAGACUGCAGAAGAUGGACUGGUUACUUCAAAGCAGCAAUUUUUUGUCGAGCGCGAGCGACUGCAAGAACGGUUGGAUCAGGCACAAGAAGAGUCUAGGACAUUGCGUGCAAUGGCUACAGAAAGGUCUAAUGAAUGGAUAGCCAAGAAGCGUGAGUUGGAUGAAGCUGCAGCCAAAGUAGCUGGUGAGCGAGAUGCUCUAUCUAAACAACUGGACCAGACUUUGAAAGAAUUGGAAGACACCAACAAGAAAAUUGCAGAAGCAAAUGAUCGCCAUGUCAAGGAAAUUGAAUCCAUACGCGAAGCAAACGACAAAAAAGUGUCGGAGCUUCAGGCUAGUUUGGAAGAGUAUCAAUCUUUGCAGGCUGAACUUGCUCAAAUUGAAAAGUCAACAAACCAGCAGCUCCAGGCUAAAGAAGUUGAACUGGAAAGAUUGGCUGCUGUGGUGGCUGAGGAAAAGCGUCGUGCAAUCAGUGCUAUUGAGCAAUCUCAAGAAGCACAAGCCGACGCAGAUGAUCAACUGCAUCGCUUUGAGCGUCUUCGUCGUGAAGCAGAGCGUGAUGUUGAUCGGUACAGAAAGUUGGCAGAAGAAAAGGACGAAGAGGUUCUUUCACUCAAGAAACUUUUACGACAAAAGGAAAAAGAGAUUUCUAGUAGUAUAUCGGGUGGUUCUGCUGCAUCGCCUGGCAGUACGAGUGCUGCCGACUCUGUUGUUCGUAACUUACUUGAGCAAAAGGAUCGAGACAUUGAUGCGCUUCGCAAGGAUACUCGAGCAGCUUCAACAGAGAUUGCUCUUCUCAAGCACAAAGUAGAGCUCAAGGAGCGUGAGAUUGAUGACUUUAAAGCAGAGAUGCGUCGUCGUGCUCAAAUCGCUGGCGACAAGGACGCACAAAGUGAGGAGGUGGACCGAUUGCAGAUCAUGUUGAUGGAGCUCAAGACUUCGCGGGCACAGUUGUUGGAGGAUUUGGAUAAUCGCGAACAUGUUGAGCAUGUUUUGAGAGCAGAGAUUACUACGUUGAAAUCUAAAUUGGCCAGCGAUGGAUGAUUUGGAUGUGUUAGUUUACUGUGACCAUCCUUUUACUACUAUCUACCUAGUUUUAUAUUUAUUCAAGUAGUUUUGAUGGACUGUAUUAUACAAGGCUUUAUUAUCAUUACUCUAGUGAUAAGAUUGCCAAGACCAUAUCUUUUUUGAUCAUUGUAUAUUCGGUUUUUUGGAAAGUUAUUAUUAUAUAUUGUCAUGUCUAUACAAUAGUUGGUACAAACGUCGUAUGUUUAUUCUGUGCAAACCUUGGUUUGUUUUUUUGAAAAUAAUUACAUUUGUAUUCACAUAAAUGGAGCACUUUGUAUUUAUCUUGCAGUGGCUCUAUUUUGCUUCAUAAUAAACAAUAAUCAAAUA